AUGGAGGAAGAAGAUGAUGAGCGAAAGAGCCGAAGGCCUAAUCUAGCGGCCUUUGCAACACUGAACGCGCGAGUGGUGCAACACUCCUCAUUAGAGGAGACAUGUGUACGUCAACAAGCCUCGUCCGAGUCGGCCGAAACGAACACCUGCUCUAGUAUAUCGACAGCGCAGUACAGCGACAGGAGUUUUGUGUCGAAAGCAAGCACGUUUUCGCGGAGCGGCACGUCUAGCUCGAGUCAAGAAGAAUGCGAGGUGGCCCAGACCAAGGUCACAACUGGCCAGUAUCUGGCUGCCGCGCGAGUCGAAACUGCUCGUUCAAUGGAGAGUCUCCGUCCAAGUAAAGAUACGUCUCCUGCCCGGCCCGCGAGCUCGUGCACGUCUGUGCGAACUCACAGGAGUUCGUUCUUGACGGCGAGCGAGCGAGACGUGCGGGAGACUCGUGGUCUGCCGGCUCGGCGAGCGCUGUCUGGUGAGGACAUGGGGAAUGCUGAGAAGCGGCGCGGUCUCUUCGCGAGUACUGAGCGUCGUGCGCUGCAGCAGCUGAGCCUUCCACCACCAGAGCGUCGGCUGACCAUCCUCAGCCCGCACAGCCCGAUGGCCAUCACGGAGCUGCAGUGGCCCGCGCCCUCCGGCAUCAGAGGCCGCCGGAAGAAGGGGAUGGUCUUGCCUAAGCUCAUUCUGCCGCGCAGCGACUCUGACGGCUCGGAUGUAUUUUUUGAAGGGACAAAAACAUCAGAGUUUCGUCUAUCGAAAAGCUUCGAUGUGGAGAAUGGAGGGGGGGCAGCCGGGGCGGGGGGCGCGCGGUCGCCCCUCGAGGGCGGCUCGCCGUCCACAGCCCUGGUCCUCCAGGCCAUGCCGCAGCGCCGCGAGUCAUUCCUCUACCGCUCAGACUCUGACUUCGAGAUGUCGCCAAAGUCGAUGUCGAGGAACAGCUCGAUCGCCAGCGAAAGAUUCAAGGAGGUCGAGGCGGCUCAGCUGGACAGAGCUCACGGCGAAGACUUGAUCGUGACGCCGUUCGCGCAGGUCCUGGCGAGCCUGCGCAGUGUGCGCAACAACUUCCUCUGUCUCACCAACGUGCCAGUCGCCAAAUCACGAAGAUCGUCUGGAGCAGCUACAGCUGUCACACCCCAACCAAAGAAUUUAAACCCAGGAGACGAAGCCUACAUGAAGCUGGCCCUAGAGACAGUGGAGGAGCUGGAUUGGUGCCUGGAUCAGCUGGAGACCAUACAAACACACCGCUCGGUCUCCGAUAUGGCUUCGCUCAAGUUCAAGCGCAUGCUGAACAAGGAGCUGAGCCACUUCUCGGAGUCGAGCAAGUCGGGCAACCAGAUCUCCGAGUACAUCUGCUCUACAUUCUUGGACAAACAACAAGAACUCGAUUUGCCAUCAUUGCAAGUGGAAGAGGGCUCAGAACGUGCCAAGAAAAAGGAAAAACCUCGCCAUGUUGGACCAGGAACCACCAUGUCACAAAUUUCUGGUGUUAAGAGGACACUCACCCACACAAACAGCUUCACUGGUGAACGUGUCCCAAGAUACGGAGUGGAGACACCUCAUGAGGAGGAACUGGGACGUCAUCUUCAAGAUCUUGACCGCUGGGGCGUGGACAUCUUCCGCAUUGGUGACCUAUCCUGCGGCAGACCUCUCACAGCAGUGGCUUAUGCCGCCUUCACAUCGAGGGAGCUGUUGACCACAUUACAGAUACCAGCCCGCACUUUCUUAGCAUUUGCAGUCACACUCGAGGAGCACUAUGUGCGUGACAAUCCUUUCCACAACUCGCUCCACGCGGCUGAUGUCACACAGUCUACAAAUGUGCUCCUCAACACACCAGCUUUGGACGCCGUCUUCACACCCAUUGAAGUCUGCGCUGCCCUUUUCGCAGCAUGCGUCCAUGACGUUGACCACCCUGGUCUCACAAACCAGUUCCUUGUCAACUCAAGCUCUGAGCUCGCACUCAUGUACAAUGACGAAUCCGUGCUAGAGAACCAUCACCUUGCCGUGGCAUUCAAACUUCUUCAGAAUGACGGCUGCGACAUUUUCGUAAACUUGCACAAGAAGCAGAGGCAGACUUUACGAAAAAUGGUCAUCGAUAUGGUGCUCUCGACUGACAUGUCGAAACACAUGAGUCUGCUUGCAGACUUAAAGACUAUGGUGGAAACCAAAAAAGUGGCUGGCAGUGGUGUUUUACUACUAGACAAUUACACAGACAGAAUACAAGUCUUGGAGAAUCUCGUACAUUGUGCCGAUUUGAGCAAUCCUACUAAACCGUUGCCGUUGUAUAAGCGAUGGGUGGCGUUGCUUAUGGAAGAAUUCUUCCAGCAAGGAGAUCGGGAGAGGGAGCAAGGCAUGGACAUAAGUCCUAUGUGUGACAGGCACAAUGCAACAAUAGAGAAAUCUCAAGUCGGUUUUAUCGACUACAUUGUCCACCCUCUGUGGGAGACGUGGGCGGAUCUAGUCCACCCCGACGCUCAGGAUAUUUUGGACACGUUGGAAGAAAACCGGGACUACUACCAGAGCAUGAUUCCCCCGUCGCCGCCGCCGGCGCCUGUCCAGUCCUCGCACUCAGCGCAAGAUGACGAUCGCCCAGAACAAAUACGCUUCCAGGUCACGCUGGAGGAGGGUGAGGGCUCGGAAGACUGCGAGGGCGAAGGUGAUGGCGGGAUGUGACGGAAACUACUGGGAAUUUGUAAGAAACUCUCAGAGAAGAUGCAGGUGUGGUGGAGGCUCUGGCAGUAGAGCGCCGGCCGCGGCCGCGGCGGACGGUGGUUGUUGGAUAAUAAUAACACUUGUUGACGCUUAACCUCGAAAUGAAACGAUCUGCGGGUGUAUCGUAACAUUUCGAUUAUGAUUAUUUAUAUGUGAUUAUUAUGCAAUGUUGUUUAGAGUUACCUAACGACUAAAAUAUAAUGUCCCUCCAAUGACUGUAAUUCGAUUGUCUAGUGUUUUUACUAUUGUUUCGUUUAUCUAACCAAAGAAAUGAUUCGGUUUAUGUUCACAGAAACGUUCGAUAUCCCUGUAAGUAGUUAGUGUUUGGUUAAAAUUAAAAGUCGUGUAAGUAGAUUUUAGUCGUCGACACCGAAUGUACCGGGUCGACUAAAUAAGGACAUUGAAAACGCUUAUUAAUUGGUAUGAAAGGGUAAUUUAUAUUGUCAUAUCAUCCACGUUUCUCAUAUUUAAUACGGGUUUGCGAUAAUGAUGUUAUUCACCAAAAUAUAUUAACAUGAUAGGUAUCCUAAAUAUAAAACUAUUUUAAGGUAAAUUUUAAAAAUUGCCUUUCGAAGUUGUUGUGUCUUUUUUCUGAAUAUAUAAUAUUCGGCCAGCCUCUUCUGUGGAAAGACACGUCACCACGUUCAUCCUGUUAGAUAGCUUUACUUGGUUUGAUAAUCCUAAUAGCACCUCAUUUCUUAUGGAGGAUCGCUGGCGAUCCCUUUACUUUUCUCUUUAGAAUAGUGUAUUAUUUUUGUAAAUUACUUAUUGUAUCCUAGUUCUCUUGUAUCCAAAUAUGAAAAAAAAAAUUUGUCAUGAAUCUUAAAGAGUUUUUGUGCAACUAACGGCUUGAAGUGUUGUUAAAAUGUUAAGUACUACUAACAAAGAGUGGUUUGCGACUAAGUUUUUUCUCGGACGAGUUCGUUUUAGUUUGGGCAUUAUCGUGAGUGCGUCGUCAGCACCGGGCCGGGUCUUGCAAUAGUACAUACUAAGUAGGUAGUUUCCGAAGCACUAUAUCUUCGCACAAUAUCCGUGGUAUUAUCUUACGUAUUCAAUGUUAGUUAGUGCUCAUCUUGUACUAAUACGUCAUUUCUGAGGAAUAACAUUAUAUAUUCUACACCGCAGAUCUGAUCUUCAUUACGCAGUAUUGCUUACCAUUGUAUAACUAGUAGUCCCAGGGUCUUCAGACUCGUCAUAUAAGUAGUGACAUUGUAAACGGUGAAGUAAUUACUUACCUGUAUUAUGUUUGCAUUUCAUUAAGUCCAUCGUUUUAAGGAACGAUUUUGUUACAUAAGAGCUGGUCUCUAAUCUUUCAUGUACUCAAAAGAUAUUCGUUUUUACUUAAUUAAUGGUUCGUUUUAAUUCUUGACAAGCCAUCGUUUUUGUUAUACAAUUGUAUUGUCAUUGUUUCACCUAGUAUGAGUAUUAUUUCGUGAGUAUUCUCUAAGUCAGUCAUGGUAGCGUUGAUCGGAGUCAAGAAUGAAGGUCCAAUGUACAUUAUUUUCGUAGGUAAUUUAAGAUUUAUUCGGCGACAAAAAUUGUGGAUGUACGCAGUUUCGCCGUGAUGUCUUCAAAUUGUCUGAUUUUGGAAAAGCAUAGAAUAGAAAUUGGACAACAAAAAAAAAUAAAAUAAAACGCUUAUCUACUUGUGUGUUAAAAUAGAGACAUUACGCUUAGAAUCAUUUGUUUUCUAAUGUAUAAUAUGUAUUUGUAAAGAAAUUGUGUUAUAAUAUUCGUAUUACAGUAGAUCUGUGUAUAACACGUACCCAAUCUUCGUAAUAAUAUUAUGAGAGCAGACACAUGUACCCAACUGUGCCGUGGCCUGCUCUGGCUUAUGGUAUACAAACUCUUCUUGGAACCUAACAGUCGUGUAUCUAGAUUUACAAUUGUUAUGCGUUAUCAGCAUCUCAUUCAAUAGUGUACAGACCUAAUUAAUUAAUGGUAUAUUAAUAAACAUACAGAAUACCGAGUGACAUGUCAAGUAUGUUAAGUAGAACAUGGAGGGCAGUUCUCGCAGCAUGAGAACCAAGAUGGAUUUUACUCUUAAGACUUGAGCAUUGACAUGUCAUUACCAAUAGUCGUAUUUAGAAUUACCUACUUAUUGAAAUUAUCAUGUUAUUUUCGCCAAAGUGGUUUCAAUGUUGUGUAUAUGUUUUGUCAGUAUGGAGAACUAUCGCUAAGAUUGGAUAAUACCUAGUUAAAUUAAUACCGAGUUAAAAGUGUGCAAUGCUGGACAUUUGCAUUACAUAUUAUUUAUGUUUAAAAUAAAAAAUAGCUUGUAAUAGUUUAAAUGAAUAUUUGAGUUGAAUUAAAGAAUAUUAAUGUAUUUAGAAUAAAAAGAUAUGGGAGAAAACUCUAA